UCUAUAUCUACUGAUUUAUGUGGCAUUUUUUCCAUUUUCCAGAUUUAUUCACAUACGUUUCUACGUACGUUCACACAGCAUAAAACGUACUUACAGGCUAGACUAAUUGCUAAAUACAACACCACUAAUAAGUCCUGAGUUCAUAAUUCUACACCACUUGUUGGUUGCUUCUUGCGUUAAAUGUGUAAAAGGGAUGGAUGACUCUCAACGUUUAUCGUCAUCUAAGUAUAUAGUAGCGGAAAAGUGGAGACUUGUACGGAAAAUCGGAAGUGGAUCAUUUGGUUCUAUAUUUUUGGGGGUUAACAUCGUUACGGGAGAAGAAGUAGCAAUAAAAAUGGAGCGUGUACGCACACGACAUUGUCAGCUGUAUUUUGAAAGUAAAGUAUAUCGAGUAUUGCGAGAAACUCCAGGAAUACCUCGUAUUCAGUUUUAUGGACUUGAUGGCGUUAGAAAUCUAUAUCAUGCUAUGGUAAUAGAACUUUUAGGACCUAGCUUGGAGGAUCUUUUUACGUUUUGUGGGCGCAGAUUCACAAUGAAAACUGUUUUGAUGUUAGCUGAUCAAAUGUUAUGGAGACUAGAUUUUAUACAUGCAAAGGGCUUUAUUCAUCGAGAUAUAAAACCAGAUAAUUUCUUAAUGGGUAUCGGUCGUCAGUGCAACAGAGUUUUUAUAAUUGAUUUUGGUCUGGCCAAAAAGUUUCGAGAUCAUAGAACACGUCGUCAUAUUUCAUAUAGAGACGACAAAUCUCUUAUUGGUACAGCGCGGUAUGCUAGUCUUAAUUCUCAUGCUGGUAUUGAACAAUCUCGAAGAGAUGAUAUGGAAUCUCUUGGCUACGUUUUAAUGUAUUUCCUCCGUGGUAGUCUACCAUGGCAAGGACUACAAGCUGGCAACAAACCACAGAAAUAUGAACGAAUUCAUGAAAAGAAAGCUAGCACACCAAUUGAUGUUUUGUGUCGUGGUUAUCCCUCAGAAUUUCUUGUUUACCUGAGUCAUUGUCGUGCUUUGCAAUUUGAAGAAACACCGAAUUAUGGUUUUCUGCGGAAUAAUUUUCGUAAUCUCUUCCGAUCUUUAUCAUUUGUCUGGGAUUAUGUGUUUGAUUGGACAUUGUUACGUCAAAAAGCGUCUGCAAUUGAACACCACCAACAGCAACAGCAAUCAUAUCCGCUUUCGCAGUUUACUUCUGGUAAUGAAGGUUGCAAUCAUCGUGCUCCUACUACUGAGGCACUAGGUACAAGAGGAACUGGGACAUCCGGUGGAAUUAUUCCCCCUGGUCCGACAACCAGCACAAAUGCUGCUGCUGCCACUUCGGUAAAGGAGUAGUAUAUACAUACAUAUAUACAUAUGUAUAUAAGAUGUCGUUACAUACAUACUAUUUUACGUUUGAGCUCUCCAGAAUUGACAGCGUUUACAAUUUUGGAUUAUCUUUUUAUUUUCAAAAAAGCGAAAGAAGAGUUAUGCCUUCCAUUUUAUUUACUUUCAUUCUAUAACCU